AUGGCGGUAACAGUCACGGUCAUGAUAACAGUGACGGUAAUGGUGACAGUAACGGUGACAGUGACGGUGAUGGUGACGGUCAUAGUGACGGUGAUGGUGACGGUCAUAGUGACGGUAACGGUGAUGAUAACAAUGAUGAUAAUAGUGGCGGUCAUGGUGAUGUUCACGGUGACGCUAAUGAUAACGGUAACGUUUAUAGUGACGGUAACAGUAACAAUUUCAGUAAUGGUCACGGUAAUGGUUCUGGUGAAGGUAACGGUAAUAGUAGCAGUAACGGUAGCAAUAAUGAUGACACUGACGGUAACAAUAACGGUGACGGUUAUCGCAACGAUAAUAGUAAUAGUGACGGUGACAGUGACAAUAACGGUAACCCUGAUAGUAACAGUGACAAUAACGGUAACCCUGAUAGUAACAGUGACGUUAACGGUUAUGGUGAUGGUAACGGUAAUGGUAACAAUGACGGUGAGAGUAAUGGUAAUUGUAACUAUGACGAUGACAGUAAUGGUGACGAUGACAAUAAUGGUGAUGAUGACUGUAGCGGUGAUGGUAACAGUGAUGGUAAUGGCUAGGGUGACAGUGGUAGAAGGCAGUAACAGUAGUGGUAAUGGUGAAGAUCACUAUAACAGUAACCGUAACAGUAAUGGUAACGGUGAUGGUAAAGGUGACAAUAAUAUUAAUGGUAACGGUAAUUGUUACGGUGACACUAACAGUGAUGGUAACAGUAAUAGUAACAGUAAUAGUGACAGUAACGGUGAUGGUUACGGUACUGGUGACGGUAACGGUCAUGGUCAUGGUAAUUUUUAUAGUAACAAUGACGGUAAAGGUGAUGAUAAUGGUCACGGUAACGGUAAUGGCAACGGUGAUGGUUACGAUAUUGGUGACGGUAACGGUCAUGGUCAUGGUAAUUUUUAUAGUAACAAUGAUGGUAAAGGAGAUGAUAAUGGUCACGGUAACGGUAACGGUAAUGGUGACGAUAACUGUGACAAUAAUUGUUACGGCAACGGUAAUGGGGACGGUCACGGUAGCGGUAAUGGUGACGAUAACGUACACAACUACGGUAACGGUGACGGUAAUGGUAACGGUGAUAGUAAUGGUAAUGGAAACAAUAACUGUAACGAUAACGGUGAUGAUUACGAUAACAGUGACGGUAAUGGUAACUAUAACAAUAACGGUCAUGGUGAUGAUUACAGUAACAGUGAUGGUAAUGGUAGCUGUAACGGUCACGGUAACGGUUAUGGUGACGGUAACGAUAACGGUAACGAUAUCAAUAAUGGUGACGAUGACGGUGACAGUUACGAUGACUAUAACUGUAACAAUAAUAGUGAUAGUAACGAUCACGGUCACGGUAAUGGUGACGAUAACGGUCACUGUAUCGGUAACAGUCAUAGAAUAAUGAGAGUAAUGGUAACGGUAUCAGUGAUGAUAACGGUAAUGGUGAUGGUGACGGUAAUAGUGAUAGUGACGGUGAUGGUAAUUUGA